GAUAUAACCUAAACCUAAACGACAAUUUGCGUAAUCUUAUAUGACUUAUAUACUAUUUACGUUACAGUAUGUGAUAUUGAUAUUUUAUGCUUAAAAAACAAAAUGAAAUUUAACGUGAGAUUCGUUUGAGGCUGUUUCAAAUUAAUUACAAGAACAAAAGCGCGCUUUCUGCGAGGCAACAAUUAAUUAUUUCCUGAUUGUCACAACACGUUAAAAAAUAUGUCUGGAAAAGGGAAACAGAGUUCUAAGAAAGCUGUCAUCAAGAUACGUGAAUCCGGGAAAACUUCACAACAAUCUUCAACAGCAAAUUCUGAUGGAAAUUCAGAAGUACCAGAGCCAACAACUUCUCAAUUUCUUCUAAAGACAGUUGACAAUAGUCGACAUUUGCCAAGAUAUACCAGUAUCUUAAAGCGUACAACCGAAGAAGGCGUUGUAAUGGAUGAUCUUGAUACAUUGCAAUUAGAGCUUGAAACACUUUUGUCGGCAGUUGUUGUACGGCAUCGUACACUUCAAGAUGAGAUUGCCAACUUAUUUUCAGCAGAAGAACGUAGAGAGAGAAGAUCAAAGAGUGGUAAGAGUUUAUCUCUACUUGACAAGAAGAUACGUGAAGAAAAAUUUAAGCCGAAGGAGAUCAACACCAAGAGUCAGUCGCCUUUACAUACAAAACUCUUUAAGCAGAAGACAGUAGGAAGUUCAACCAGUCAGGUUGUGCCAAACUUACAUGAAAUUUCGAGAAUCGAAGGAUCUAAGUCUGAUGUACCAAAGCUGCUCUUACCAAAAAAUGAUACACCCAAUAAGUUUUGGGCAUCAGUAGAUCCCUAUUGCACUGAUAUUAUGCCUGAUGAUAUUAAAUUAUUGGAGGAAUUGAUUGCUACCCAUGGAGAUACAAGUGAAUUUAAGAAGAUUCCUUCUUUAGGCCGUCAUUAUAGCUUAAUGUGGGCACAUAAUGAUUUAUUGCAGGAGGAAGAUGCAGCCAACCCAAACAGAGACAAGAAGAAAAAUCGCACAGAUAUAUCACACUUGAUAUCCAAAAGUGACAAAAAAACUAAUAGUAUCGCGGGACCUCUUACUCAGAGAUUGGUUUCUGCACUGCUGGAAGAGAACGUAUAUGUUGCAAAUAAUAACAUGGAAAAUAAAUUAUUCCGAGAUGGAGAUCCACCUGUUUUGCGAGACCUAUCUAUCCACAAUUCCAUAAACUUGGAGUUACGAAUGCAUAAAGAAUUGAUCGAGCAAGGUAUCUUGGAACCGGAUGCGCAAAAAAAGAAUCAAGAAGAUAAUGAAAUUUUUGCAGAAAUUAAAAGAUGUCAACAAGAACUUACUGCGUUAUCUAAUCAUAAUGUUACGCAGCUAAAGAGAUUAUUAAAUUUAGCCCAGGAGGAAAGCAAAAGGCAAGCGUUGAAACGGAAAAUUAGCGUUGCGGAUAAUGAGGUGAUAGAACAUUAUAAGAAAUUGACCUUGGCAAAACAGAGAAAAGUACCAUUGACGAGAAAAGAUCAUGAGAAAGCAUGGGCAUGUCUCCGAGAAAGAGAGAAUCUAUUGGAACAAUUAAAUGUUACCAAAUAGUUUUAAAAUAUUUUAAAUUAUAUGAUGAUUGUCAUAAAAAAUAUUUGUUGCGAUUUUUUAUUUAAACAUAAUAGUAUUAUAAAUCAUGAAUUCCGUAUGCUAAGAAAUAUAUAGAAGUUUAACAGAGAUUUCAUAGAGAAAUUAAUGCAUAAUUCUAUUGUGAUAAAAAUUUGUGCAACAUAAGAGUUUUGAACCCAAUAAUGUUAUAUAUACCAAAGUAUAUAUUUUAUUAAACAUGUAUUUUUCGGCAUAUAUGUUGCACGAUUAAUUUGUACUUGUAAUACUUCAAGUUUGAAUAAUUUAAUAUAAAAAUAUAAGCUUUCUUUUUAUUGAAAAUUUAUGUCGUAUCAAAUUAGUUUUUUUUAAAUACAACAUAAUGUUGUAUACAUCAAUGAUUUCCAAACAAGAUACAAAAAUUUUGAUUUACAAUAUUCGCAGUUUUAUUUAAGAAUGACGUAUUAAUUUUCAUUGAUGCUCUUGUUAUAAGUAUACCAAUAAUUUUUUUAAAUAUAAGUAGUGAUUUUUGUAGCAUAGUUUGUAAUAUGGAAUUUAUAAAUAAAAUAUGAAUGCGCGUAAA